AUGGUUCGACACAAGAAGGACAACUUUUCACGAGGAGGAAAGAAAUUCUCCAACCCCCGCCCACGCCCAGUACCCCGCGGUGACGGUGAAGCCUCCUCCAGACUGCCCUUCAAGGCCGCCUGUUGGGAUUUGGGUCACUGCGACCCUAAAAGAUGCUCGGGGAAACGAUUGAUGCAGCAUGGGUUAAUGCGAGAAUUAUCGAUUGGCCAAAAAUUCCCCGGAGUCAUUGUCUCUCCGAAUGCGAAAAAGAUUUUGUCCCCGGCCGAUAGCGAACUCCUGGAACAAUUUGGUGCCGCUGUAGUGGAAUGCUCCUGGGUGAGGGUGAAGGAAGUCCCGUGGUCACGUAUCGGCGGGAGAUGUGAAAGACUCUUGCCCUACUUGAUUGCCGCCAACACAGUUAACUACGGGAAACCCUGGCGACUCAACUGCGUCGAAGCGCUCGCAGCUUGUUUCUGUAUCUGCGGACACGAAGACUGGGCUCGCGAGGUCCUCCAACACUUUCCCUACGGCGAAGCAUUCCUUGAGAUCAACCAUAAGCUUCUGAAGCGAUAUGCCGCUUGCAAGACCGAGGAGGAUAUCAAGCGGACAGAGGAGGAGUGGCUGGCUAAGAUCGAGAAGGAAUAUGAAGACAGCCGCGCCGAAGGAGGUGCCGACGAUAUGUGGACCGUCGGAAACACGAAUCGGAAAGCCGUGAUAGAUUCCGAUUCGGAUGAGAAUGACGACGACGAUGAAAAGAGCGACAAGGAUGGGGAUGAGGAAGAAGAAGAGGACAAGGACCCCUUCGCUAUUUCGGACGACUCAGAGGAGGAAGAGCAAAUGGCCGAAAUCCGUCGCAAAAUCCUCGAGUCGAAAUCGUUUCAGAAUCCUUCGAUUCCCGACAAACCGCAGCCCGAAAAGAUCGCGCAUCCGGAACCAAAGCCGGCUGAGGACUCAGAUGCCGAGUCUGGGUCUGCCGAGGGCAGUGAUGAUGAAGCAUUCGACAAUAUCAUCAACGCGACGCCCGUAACGGAUCGAACGGGAAUCAUCGCCGCGUCGCAGAAGAAGAAGAAAGAGACCUACAGUGCGUCGUUUUCGCGUACCACGAUCGAUGCCCCGAAGAGGUGGUAG